AUGGCGCUUGAUGUUUUAUCACCUCCGACUUUGGUCGUCGUUGGGAUAAUUACUGUGUACCUUGGGCUUUACUGGACGUCGUCUCGAAAACUCGACACACGGGAACCGCCAAUCAUUACGUCAGGCAUACCAUAUGUCGGACAUCUACUUGGCAUGGCCCUCUAUGGAGGUCGGUAUGUGAAGUCCAUCGGAUUACGCAAUCGACAGACUCCCGUUUUCACACUACCGGUGCCCAACUCACGCAUCUACAUUGUCGUGGAUCCAUCGCUGGCAGCUGCUGUCCAAAGAGCGUCCAAAGCGUUGUCGUUUACUCCGAUCAUCCCCGAGGUCACUGAGAGAAUCUUGGGACUUGAUGCCGCAACCAAGAGCAUUGCCAGCAAGAAUCUCGAUCCAGGGCCGGGGGACGAAAGAGGAUUUCUAGCAGAUAUCCAGGAAAUGGUUUAUUCCAAACUUGGACCUGGAAGCUACCUCAGCGAACUCACUCGUGACGCAGCUCAGGAACUGAAGAACGAGGUAGAUGGCUACAGAACGACGCUCGAAGCGCGGCCUGGAAGCAAGGAGCUCAUCGACUUGCUCGAGUGGGUACGGCACUUCGUGACUGUGUCGACGGCAAAGUAUCUUUAUGGGCCGCAAAACCCCCUAUCAAAGCACGCAGAGCUUGAAGAAGCCUUCUGGGACUUCGAUCACGGCCUUGGAGCGCUGAUGAUCAACAUCAUGCCGUCGAUCACAGCACGGAAAGCCUAUCAAGGUCGCGAGAAACUGGUCCAAGCCUUGGCAGACUAUCUUGAGGCAAGUGCAUAUCGAACUGGAUCUCAGAUCAUACAAGAGCGAGUAUCACUAGCCCUGAAACAUGGCUGGGCGCUGCGUGAAGUGGCAAGGUCAGAGCUUUCGUUCCUGUUCGCGGGCAUCGUGAACGCCACCACAUCGACGUUCUGGAUUAUUCUACAAAUAUUCGCGGAUCCCAACAUACUAUCUAGAGUUCGUGAUGAGAUCGUGUCUUCGGUUGGUGAAGAUGGCGAGGGAGCCCGUGUGUUGAACGUCGAGAUGCUCAAAGAUCAAUGUCCUGUCCUCAUGGCUGUCUACAGAGAAUGCCUACGCCUGAAUUCUGACAACAACAGCAUUCGAAUCGUCAAGGAGCCUACUAUUCUUGCGGACAGAUACUAUCUAGCCAAGGACUCCGUCGUGCAGAUUGCUGGGGGCGUGAUCCACGCCGACCAGUCUAUCUGGGGCAGCAAUGUGGAUGAGUUCGACCAUGGACGUUUCCUCGGGCAGGGGACAGGGCUGACCAAAGAAAAAGAGAAGCAGUAUCACCCAGCGGCGUUCCGUGCCUUUGGAGGUGGGAAGACCUUGUGUCCCGGACGCCAUUUUGCUACAUACGAAAUACUGAGCUUCGUGGCCUUGAUCGUGUUACAGUUCGACAUGGAGUCACCAGACGGUGGUAAGAUCAAGGUCCCGAAGAAGAACGAUGCCGUGCUGCCUGUGCAUAUCCUCGAGCCUAGGGAAGCGGUCAAGCUAGUAGUUCGGCCGCGCCGCGAAUGGGAUGCUGGGAAGGGGUUGAGGAUCUCUUUAGGAAAGGAAUAA